UUUACAGGGCGCGAUGUAAGAGGAUGUAAGCAAAGAAAAAUAUCUUAUCUUCACCUUUCCGAUAUUAACUCAAAGUUAAUCGAAGUUCUCGACGACAUCAUGCGACUUCGGAACCUUCUGUUGCGCACACUUAUCGGGGCCAUCUGUUUGCUCGUGUUCAACGAAUUCAUCAUCUACUACCUGGUGCUGCUUGAGUGCCAAUGGCCGGGGAACGUGGGCUCGGUAAAUGGACAGGAACCGGUUAGGGUAAUGCUGUUGGCAGAUACCCAUCUACUGGGACCCAUUCAUGGUCAUUGGUUCGACAAGCUUCGCCGGGAGUGGCAAAUGCAUCGGGCCUUCCAGUCGGCUAUGACCUUGUUCCGUCCGGAAGCGGUGUUUAUUCUGGGCGAUGUGUUUGACGAAGGAAACUGGGUCAAUCAGAAGGAGUUUGAUGUUUAUGUGGAUCGCUUCAGGAAGCUGUUCCAUACGCCGCAAGGUACCGCGCUGUACAGCAUUGUGGGCAACCACGACAUCGGAUUCCACUAUGCCACCCAUCCGUAUCUGGUGCAUCGUUUCGAGAAGACGUUCAAUAACACCGGCGUGAGCUUGGUCAGCAUACGUGGAGUCAACUUCGUGCUGAUCAACUCGAUUGCCAUGGAAGGCGACGGAUGCCAGCUGUGCGAAACGGCUGAGAAGGAGCUGCGUCAGAUUUCGGCGGUUUUCAAGUGUGGACGGGGCAUUGGUCAGUGCAAGGGAGUAGCCCAACUGGAGGACUAUAGCCGGCCCAUUGUUAUGCAGCACUUCCCGACGUAUCGCGAUUCGGACAAGGCCUGUAAGGAACGUGACGCACCGGUGAUCGAAUCCUACCGGGAACGGUGGGAGGUCAUUUCGAAGGAAUCAACGGAUUUGAUAGGGGAACUGCUUGCUCCGAGGUUGGCUUUCAGUGGCCAUUCGCAUCACUACUGCUUCGUGGAAAAGAAUCGGCUCGGGGUGGAGGAGUACACGCUGCCGUCAUUUAGCUGGAGGAAUAAAAACGAUCCCAGUUUUAUAUUGGCGAAAAUUUCCCAAACUGAACAUGCAGUAUCCCGCUGCAUGAUGCCGGUGGAGUCCACGGUCAUCAAGCUGUAUCUAGUCGGAGGUAUUUUGCUGGUGCUGGGUUCGAUCUUCCGCUUGGUCAAGUACCUCUGCCAUCUGAGUACGCUGCUCAGUACGCGGAAAAAGUAUUCCAAAUUGGCAAAGUAGAACGCUUAAUGAUAGUUAAGUCUGUGUGUGUAAAGUGUAUUUAUUUUAGGCGCGUAAAGUGCUCUAGAUAGUGUCGAUAGCUGUAUAUUUUUAUAUUGAUUUUAUUUUCGUAUUGAGUUCCAAAAUUUAGCCAUAGGCAGUUUGAGUCACAACUUUUUUAGGCUGAUAGGUAUAAGUUAAAAGUUUUACAACAAUCCGAAAAAUCAAGUUAAAAGUAUAUUAUUGAAAAGAUUAA